AUGAUCGCGGUUUUUUUUUCUCUUGUGCUCCAUCGUGGAAAUGGCCAAUUGAACGGCGGAGUCCAAGCGAGCAAGUAUAGUUGGAGAAUCGUCGUCGCCGACACCGCGGGUAAUCAUCCACAAACAACACCAAAUUUAAAAAUGACACUUUUCGAACCAUCGACGUCGGGUAUGCGAUCCGCGUAUCGAGGCUCAUCGGUUUCAUCGGGUGUCGGCUCGGGUGGUUCAGGAAACCUAAUGACACAAUCAACGAACAAGCAUUUGUCGGCUUCGCACUCGACACUGAACACCGCUUCGCAUGACUCGAUAGCCCAUGCGAAAAUCUUGAAAACGCCUAGUAAUGAGAGUCUAAGCAGAUCGCAUACAUCGUCAUCCGGUGGAAGUCAGGGAGGACACAAUUCGAAUUCCGGAUCAAAUUCGGGAUUUCGACCGGAAGACGCCGUUCAGACGUUUGGCGCGAAACUUGUCGCGUAUGAGAAGAAUGAGAUAUUCAACUACCCGCGCGUCUAUUUCGUCGGAUCGCACGCGAAAAAACAAGCCGGAAUUAUUGGUGGAGCCAAUAACAGCGGGUACGAUGAUGAGAACGGCUCAUACCAAUUGGUGGUUCAUGAUCAUAUUGCCUAUCGCUACGAGGUGCUCAAAGUUAUCGGAAAAGGAUCGUUCGGACAGGUUAUCAAAGCGUUCGAUCACAAAUAUCAGCAGUAUGUUGCGCUGAAAUUGGUGCGGAAUGAGAAGCGAUUCCAUCGGCAGGCCGACGAGGAGAUUCGAAUUCUCGAUCAUUUAAGACGGCAGGAUUCGGACGGCGGCCACAAUAUCAUUCAUAUGCUCGAUUACUUCAAUUUCCGGAAUCACAAAUGCAUCACGUUCGAGCUUCUCAGUAUCAAUUUGUAUGAGCUCAUCAAGCGCAACAAAUUUCAAGGAUUCUCGCUGAUGCUUGUCCGCAAAUUUGCCUACUCGAUGCUUCUUUGUUUGGAUUUGCUCAACAAGAACCAUUUGAUUCAUUGCGAUUUGAAGCCGGAAAAUGUGCUGCUGAAACAGCAGGGACGAAGCGGAAUCAAAGUGAUCGAUUUCGGCUCGUCGUGUUUUGAUGAUCAGAGAAUUUACACAUAUAUCCAAUCGCGAUUCUAUCGAGCCCCUGAAGUGAUACUUGGAACCAAAUAUGGAAUGCCGAUUGAUAUGUGGUCGCUUGGUUGUAUUCUAGCCGAAUUGCUAACGGGAUACCCGCUUCUUCCAGGAGAGGACGAGAACGAUCAGCUCGCUCUAAUUAUUGAGCUUCUCGGAAUGCCGCCGCCGAGAAUUGUGGAUCAGGCGAAACGUGCGCGAACAUUCAUUUCUUCGAAAGGCUAUCCGCGCUAUUGCACCGCCACAGCGAUGCCUGAUGGAUCGAUUGUGCUCGCCGGAGCCAGGUCAAAACGCGGCAAGAUGCGCGGACCGCCCGGCUCGCGGACGUGGGCGACGGCCCUGAAAAACAUGGGCGAUGAUUUGUUUGUGGAUUUCCUGAAGCGUUGCCUCGAAUGGGAUCCGGAGGCGCGAAUGACGCCCGCGCAAGCGUUGAAGCACAAAUGGCUGAGACGGCGAUUGCCGAAUCCGCCGCAACGGGAGAAUGACGCCGGUGCGGUUGGCGACCAUUUUGAGAAAAUGAGCAAAGGAGUGGACGCGUACACAAAUUCGAAAGAAUUGCCCAAUAUUGACUCGAAUGCCAAUAUUUUGUAUCGCAAAAAAUUUUGA